UAAGCAUGAAUAACCCGCGAAAAGCCCGCGCAUAUGCAUGAUUCAAAGAAAAAUCACUUUUGACAACAUACAGAGUACAUAGCGUCUGGUCUAUUGCUGAGCGAAAUCGAGUACGAGUACGUCCAGCAACAGGAAGCUGCUUGAAAGGAGGAGAAAGUUGAUACGUGUAACUACUAACUAACUAGGAGUUGAGGUGGAGAAAAACGAAUGAGAACCGAACCGACCUCGCUUUCGUCGGGAAUAAUAAUGCAUCCAAUUGAUAUUAUUGAAGCCGAUAUGUGGAGUUAAGCCGGCCCGGAUGUUGUCAUUUCCUUCUUUCUUCUCCUUCCAUUCUCUUCAUGUCCAAGGAGCUCUCCCCUUCGCCAGUGCCGAGAUUCGCCCGUCUGAUAGAGGUGGGAGGUAUCAUUCUAGACUCUAUUUCGUCUGGAUCGGCCGGAAUAGUUCCGCAGUGGUGCAAAACACCGUCUCUAAUUAUUGAAACCUCUUCUCUCUCUCUGCUGUCUCGGUCUGAAAUCACCCCCAGCCAUACGAAGGCGGGGCAUAGGGUUCCCCCCCCCUAUAGGUGGACGACCCGAUAAGGGUGCGUGUGGAACAUAUAUCAUUCCAAUAUCCGCCUGAAAAGUCUCACCUUUCCCCAAGCCGUGGAAGUAAAUAUAUAUACAAGUGUUUGAAGUGCUGGGAGCACAUCCACUGCGAAGAUGAUUGUUGCGGAGUUGAUCCAAAACUUAACGCCGGCGAGGGCUGUCGUGGGCAUAUUUGGUUUUUCCUUCAUUGUGUACUGGAUUCGCAGAAUCCAGAUCGAGCGCAAAAUUAGGCGCUUGGGAUCACAUGCCCCGGUUGUUCCAACAUACCUCCCAGUAGGCCUCGAUUUCAUAUGUAAAUCUUUCAAGGCGGCAGGAAAGAGAGAGGAGCUUAAAUUCUGGCGGGACCAGCUUGCCGCCUUACCUUUACCCAACGGUGAUCCGUCAUCUACUCUAGAGAUAAACGGGAAUUCUACUUUCCGUGCUAUAUACACCGUCGACCCAGAGAACAUCAAGGCUGUCCUGACCGGCCAAUUUGCUGAUUACGGGAAAGGCCAGCGCUUCCACGAAGAAUGGAGGGAGUUCCUGGGUGACAGCAUCUUCGCUACGGACGGCGAGCUGUGGUCCAGAUCGCGCCAUCUGAUCCGACCCAUGUUUGCAAGGGAUAGAAUUGUCGAUACGGAGAACUUCGAAAAGCACAUCCAGAAACUCAUUCCUUAUCUAGAAGGGAAUAAUAAUAAGCCUGGGAAAGGAAAAGUUGUCGAUGUCGCAGCACUGUUCUUCCGCUUUACUCUCGAUGCAGCCACGGAUUACCUCCUCGGCCAGAGUGUUGAUAGCUUGGAUGACCCGAAAACUGUAUUCGCAGAGUCUUUCCAAUACGUCCUCCAUCGCCAGUCGACUUUGUUUAGAGCUGGACCCAUCAGCCCCCUAUUAUCCCGCAAAGAGUUCCGCAUAAAUCUCAAGAAAAUGGACGACUUCAUGCAACCCUUCAUCGACGAGGUCCUCACUCUCAGCACCGAAGAACUCGACAAGAAGCUCUCCAAAAAGGACACCUUCCUCCACGCCCUCGCCCGCUUCACCAAGGAUCCUAAAGUAAUCCGCGACCAACUCGUCGCCAUCCUCCUCGCAGGACGCGACACCACCGCCGCCACCCUCUCCUUCUGCCUCUUCGAGCUCUCCCGCAAUCCAACAGUCGUCGGCCGACUCCGCACAGACGUCAUCGACCGCCUCGGAACCAGCCGUAAACCCAGCUACUCCGACCUCAAGGAGAUGAAAUACCUAACCGCCGUGCUCAACGAGACAAUGCGCCUGUACCCCGUCGUGCCCUUCAACGUCCGCCACGCACUGACAGACACCAGCCUUCCCCGCGGCGGCGGGCCCGACGGCCGCUCCCCCAUUGGCAUCCCCAACAACACGCGCAUCCUCUACUCGACCAUGAACAUGCAGCGGCGGCGCGAUCUGUACGACGCGCCCCCGCCCCCGCCCGCACUAGGAAUGGGGGUAGCAACUACAGGUAGCGACGAGAAGCGGUCCAUCCCCUACUUCGACCCGUUGCUCUGGAUCCCAGAGCGGUGGACGUCAGGCUGGCAACCGAAGCCGUGGCAUUUCAUUCCGUUCAAUGGCGGGCCGCGCAUCUGUCUGGGACAGCAGUUUGCUAUGUUGGAGAUGGGGUAUACGGUUGCGAGAAUCUUGCAGAAUUUCAGUGAAAUUCAGGCUGUUGGGGCGGCGCCUGUGGGUCAGGAUCCGCCGUUCAAGUUUGAUGUGACGUUGAGCCCUGGUGAGGAAUUGAAUAUGGUGUUUGUGAAGGGGGAUAAGGGGGAGUAGUUAGAUAUUUGUAAGGGGAGGGUUGAGUGGAGUAGAUAGGUACUUGAUGUCUAGUUGAUGUUCUACGGAUGGAUUUUUUGGGGGGGAUGCCCUUUUCUUGUUAAUUGCAGGUGCGAAACUUCUUUGCAGAAGUAAAGGGGAUGAUUUACUGAGUGAACGAACAACCUGGGUUUAUCAUACCUUUUUCGUGUAUAUAUGAUCUUCUCAUGGCAAAAUAAAUAAAUAACAAAAUAUAAAAGGAGCCAUUCGGCUUUUUCGAUGUUUUUCAAUGUAAAAGCUUAAUUCCACAUAAUCCUAUCUCUCA